CGGUAGCGGCAGCGGCGAGGACGGCGGUGUAGCCAAAGAACCGGGACAGCGAUUCGCCAGCAGGUCGCAGCUGGAUCGCAAGAGCUUGGGAGCUGCGAGCUUGAGAGGCCGCUGAAGCCCAGGCCGGGCAGAGGAAGGAAGCGAGCCGACCCGGAGGUGAAGCUGAGAGCGGAGCGUGGCAGGAAAAUCAGACGACAGAUGGACAGUGUGACAAGAACGUCAGAGAGGAUUGGGCCUCGCUUUGAGAGUCAGCCUGGAGUCAAGGUGUUGACAAGUCACUGAGAAGGACACGUGGGAGGACGGUGGCGUGCAGAGGGAGAGCCCUGUCUUUAGUCACACCAUUGAUGGAGGACAGAUGGACAGCCGGAUGGCCAGUCACCUCUCUUAAACCUUUGGAUAGUGGUCCUUUGUGCUCUGCUGGACACCUGUUAGGGGUUUUAGCCCAUUCUCUGAACUCACUUUCCCUCAAAACGUAAACUCAGACGUCAGUGUGCAAGCGGGCUCCUCUGUGGCAGGGCACCAGAGCUGCAGACAUGAGUGCAGAGGGCUACCAGUACAGAGCACUGUACGACUACAAGAAGGAGCGAGAGGAGGACAUCGACCUACACUUGGGGGACGUACUGACUGUGAAUAAAGGCUCCUUAGUGGCACUUGGAUUCAGUGAGGGCCAGGAAGCCAGGCCUGAAGAUAUCGGCUGGUUAAAUGGCUACAAUGAAACCACUGGGGAGAGGGGAGACUUUCCAGGAACUUACGUUGAAUACAUUGGAAGGAAAAGAAUUUCACCCCCGACUCCCAAGCCGCGGCCCCCUCGACCUCUUCCUGUUGCUCCUGGUUCUUCAAAAACUGAAGCAGACACCGAGCAGCAAGCGUUGACCCUUCCUGAUCUGGCCGAGCAGUUUGCCUCUCCUGAUGUUGCCCCGCCUCUCCUUAUAAAGCUCCUGGAAACCAUUGAGAAGAAAGGACUGGAAUGUUCGACUCUAUACAGAACACAGAGCUCCAGCAACCCUGCAGAAUUGCGACAGCUUCUUGAUUGUGAUGCUGCCUCAGUGGACUUGGAAAUGAUCGAUGUACACAUUUUAGCAGAUGCUUUCAAACGCUAUCUCUCGGACUUACCAAAUCCUGUCAUUCCAGUAGCUGUUUACAAUGAGAUGAUGUCUUUAGCCCAAGAAGUACAAAGCUCUGAAGACGACAUCCAGCUGUUGAAGAAGCUCAUUAGGUCGCCUAAUAUACCUCAUCAGUGUUGGCUUAUGCUUCAGUAUUUGCUCAAGCAUUUUUUCAAGCUCUCUCAAGCCGCCAGCAAAAAUCUUUUGAAUGCAAGAGCCCUCUCUGAAAUUUUUAGCCCCUUGCUUUUCAGAUUCCCAGCCGCCAGCUCUGAUAAUACUGAACACCUCAUAAAAGUGAUAGAAAAUUUAAUCUCAACAGAAUGGAAUGAGAGACAGCCAGCACCAGCACUGCCCCCCAAGCCCCCCAAGCCCACCACUGUAGCCAACAACAGCAUGAACAACAAUAUGUCCUUGCAGGAUGCUGAAUGGUACUGGGGAGAUAUCUCAAGGGAAGAAGUGAAUGAAAAACUCCGAGAUACUGCUGACGGGACAUUUUUGGUACGAGACGCAUCUACUAAAAUGCACGGCGACUAUACUCUUACACUAAGGAAAGGAGGAAAUAACAAAUUAAUCAAAAUCUUUCACCGAGAUGGAAAAUAUGGUUUCUCUGAUCCAUUAACCUUCAACUCUGUGGUUGAAUUAAUCAACCACUACCGCAAUGAGUCCUUAGCUCAGUACAAUCCCAAGCUGGACGUGAAGCUGCUCUACCCAGUGUCCAAGUACCAGCAGGAUCAAGUUGUUAAAGAAGAUAAUAUUGAAGCUGUAGGGAAAAAAUUACAUGAAUAUAAUACUCAAUUUCAAGAAAAAAGUCGGGAAUAUGAUAGAUUAUAUGAGGAAUACACUCGUACUUCCCAGGAAAUUCAAAUGAAAAGAACAGCUAUUGAAGCAUUUAAUGAAACCAUAAAAAUAUUUGAAGAACAAUGCCAAACCCAGGAGCGGUACAGCAAAGAGUACAUAGAGAAGUUUAAACGAGAAGGCAACGAGAAAGAAAUUCAAAGGAUUAUGCAUAAUCAUGAUAAGCUGAAAUCUCGUAUCAGUGAGAUCAUCGACAGUAGAAGGAGAUUGGAGGAAGACUUGAAGAAGCAGGCAGCUGAGUAUCGUGAGAUCGACAAACGAAUGAACAGUAUUAAGCCAGACCUCAUUCAGUUGAGAAAGACAAGAGACCAAUACUUGAUGUGGCUGACGCAGAAGGGUGUUCGGCAGAAGAAGUUGAACGAGUGGCUGGGGAAUGAAAACACGGAAGACCAAUACUCACUGGUAGAAGAUGAUGAGGAUUUGCCCCACCACGAUGAGAAGACGUGGAAUGUCGGGAGCAGCAACCGAAACAAAGCCGAGAACUUAUUGCGAGGGAAGCGGGAUGGCACUUUCCUUGUCCGGGAGAGCAGUAAGCAGGGCUGCUAUGCCUGCUCUGUAGUGGUAGACGGUGAGGUCAAGCACUGCGUCAUCAACAAGACUGCCACCGGCUAUGGCUUUGCCGAGCCCUACAACCUGUACAGCUCCCUGAAGGAGCUGGUGCUACAUUAUCAACACACCUCCCUCGUGCAGCACAAUGACUCCCUCAAUGUCACACUAGCAUACCCAGUAUAUGCACAACAGAGGCGAUGAAGCGCUGCCCUCGGAUCCAGUUCCUCACCUUCAAGCCACCCACGGCCUCUGGGAAGCAAAGGGCUCCUCUCCAGCCCGACCUGUGAACUGAGCUGCAGAAAUGAAGCCGGCUGUCUGCACAUGGGACUAGAGCUUUCUUGGACAAAAAAGAAAUCGGGGAAGACACGCAGCCUAGAGCUGUUGGAUGACCAGACGUUUCUAACCUCACCCUCUUUCUUUUUUUAAUUUAAAGCCACAACACACAGAGAAAAAGAAAUGCAAAAAUCUCUCCGUGCAGGGACGAAGAGGCCUUUAACCAUGGUGCUUGUUAAUGCUUUCUGAAGCUUUACCAGCUACAAGUUGGGACUUUGGAGACCAGAAGGUAGACAGGGCCGAAGAGCCUGCGCCUGGGGCCGCUUGGUCCAGCCUGGGUUAGCCUGGGUGUCGUUUUGGGUGUGGUGAACCCAGACACAUCACACUGUGGAUUAUUUUCUUUUUAAACGAACGAACGAAUGAACGAUAUGUAUCAGAGAGCCACAUCUGCUCACACAGGACGCUUUGAGAGAACAUCGGUGCAGUAUGUUCAGAGGGAAAACAAAAACACCUGAAAACGUUUUGUUUAAGCUUGUCGAAUCAACCCACCAACAGAAAAGGAGUGUGGACAAGGGGACUCAUAAUGACAUUCAGUAUAUAACAUAUGUACAUAAUAUUGGGUGACUAACUAUCAAAUAGAUGGAUUUGUAUCAAUACCAAAUAGCUUCUGUUUUGUUUUGCUGAAGGCUAUAAAUGUGCAGCGCUAUGCAAUUCUUAAUUUUUAUUAUGUUGUUACCAGUUUCAAAUAUACCUUCAGAAUAAGCUUCCCUCACCCCAGUUUUUUGUUGCUUGAAAAUAUUGUCCCUGAUUUUUGUUAAUAUUUGUUUUUGUUAUUCUUACUUUUUUUUAAAAAGAAAUGUACAGGAUGCCAGAAAGGAAAAUGGCUUAAGAAUUAAAACUAUGAAAUAUUUUACAGUUUUUCUUGUACAGAGUACUUGGCUGUUAGCCCAAGGUUAAAAAGUUCAUAACAGAUUUUUUUUUUUUUUGGACUAAAUGUUGGGCAGGGCCCUGAUAAGCUUCAAAGCUGCUUUAUUCAAUAAAAAAAGAAAAAGAAAAUGAUAUAUGAUAUGACAAAGUAUUGCUGAGUCCAACAGUGUUAAGACUCUUGAAAUACGGUACCUGGCAAUGUUUGUUUCCUAAUGAAUUGUGAACUUCUUGAAUCUGGAGGGGGCAGAGGUGGGGAGGCAGUCAUGGGUUGUAACAGGCGGGGGUAAGGGGAGGGGGCAGUAAGGUGGUGUGCACUUUCUCUCGAUCCCAGAGAAGGGGAGGAGCAGAGCGAGGUUGUUUGUCUCCUGUCUUUCUCCCUCUGAAUUUGGUAGUCAUUACCAAUUAACAGCAACUCCAGACCUACUGUAUGUAACUCCAACCCAGCACAGCUGGCCAGCAUGUCCCGUUGUCAAGAAGGAAGUGCUGAGUUGUUCUGGGGUUCCUGGAACGUGCCCUUUUUCGUUGCUGUAACACACUGGUCUCAAGGUUGAAUUCCUGUAUUUAGAAAAUGCGUUCUUUUCUCUUUGUAGCAUUGGACUAGUCACAGCAGCCAGCCACCAUUCAUUUCAGCCAAAGCAUGGUCUGAAAGACAGUACUUCUAGUUGGAUGCUUGUUAUUUUCCUAGCUCUCUGUUCAGUUCAGUUUAGAACGGAAGGCAAGUAGACCCAAGUGGGCGGUCACUAUGCUUUGUGGAGACUGGUAAAUGCAAACAGCAGUUCUGACAGUUCUCAUUAGCGUAAUCGUGCAUGUUGCAUACAUCUCGGUGCAGAAUGGGAGCAGCAGUUGGUGACAUCUUUAAUUUAGGACAAAAGUUCGAGUUUUCCCACCCUAAUGUCCCUGUGCAAAAGCUGGUGUGUUCGUGGGGAAUUGUCAUGUGCUGUGACAAGUAGAGAUUGAUGGUAGUCACUGUCACAGGCCAGAUAGAUUCACGAGCCGUCUUCAGGUUCUCUUUCUCAAUAUCAGAUGCACCCACAGCUUUAUAUCUCUUCCCUUCAUAGACUAAGGUGAAGGUAUUUGGGGGGGUCUUGUAGUAUCAUUCUUGUUUCAGUCUUAGACUUUGCAGCCCAGUGGCCAGUUUAGCAUUCUGUAGAAUGUAUUAUUUUUCUUCCUAUGAAGCCACUGCUCAUUCUCAAGAGCAAAAAGUCAGUCAGCCAGACUGUCAGCCCACAAACUUGAGCAGACCACCUCCUGACUGCCAGGCAGUGGAUUCCCUGGGUUUUCUCUGGGCUUUGCAACCUCCAGUGGUAGCAUUCCGCCACGCCACAUAAACUGAAGAGCUAAUACUUUUUUCUAAGCUAGGUUUGUGGUUGGAUUCUGCUUUCUUCUUUCUUUCUCUCUUUCCCUUUUCUUUCUUGUAGCACAUCAUGUAUGCUAUCAAAUGUAAACAACUUUAAUUUUAAGAAAGGAUCUGAGAUUGCUUCCUUACAAGUUCUGUUAAGUGGUUUUCUUUCCUUCAACACUCUGCAAGAUGACUUGCAACUUAGGCAGUUGCCUCAGUUUCUCAUCUCACCGACGUGAGUACAAUAGAGUUUUCAUUUGUCAGAAGGCAGGAGUCAUUUAGUUACAUCACACCUGCCCUGCUGAAUGCCUCUUUGGUGAGAGGUUAGAGAAGUUGGACCAUUAAGGUUCUGUGGAUUCUAUCCAGGCCAUCUUCUAGUAGCAUGGAGUCGCUCAUGAGUACAGAUAGAUUACGGCACGGCUGAGAUGUGAGCACCCCCACAUCAGGUUUUCUCACCAAGUGUCACAUCCUAGAGACAGCCAGACACUAAGCUGCUGAGAGACUGAGCUAGCUUAUAGAAGUGGGAGGGUUGGGACCUGGUGUUCCACACCAGAGUGAUCAUAACCACGUGAUAAGGCAGCAAGCAUAUUUUGCAACAUUUGACAACGUCACGGCCCUGGAUAUAUGUAUAUAUGUAUAAUGUGCAUGGACUGUUUCCAAUACACCUUUCAGCCACGCAGAUCCACAGUCAAGUUCAAGUGCAUAACAAGCGGAUGUCCAGUUGUCCAGUACAGGUCCUGUAUAUGAAUGUGUGUGUGUGUGUUUCUUUGCUGUUGCUUUGUUUUGUCUUAUAAAGGUAAAAAUUGUUGGCAAGUGAAGUGAGAAGUCCAUCAUUUUCCUGUCCUUAGAAGUUGUUCCCUUUCAGGGAGCAGUCUGAAUGACUUGCUUACCUGAUGGAUCCCUGUUCUCCGCGUUGUCAAGUCAGAGUGUGCUUCUGUGAGCUGUCAUUGUGGGGAGCCAAUCACUUUGUCAUAUAUCUGAUUGUUAACUAUAACUUGUUUGGGAAGUCCUACUGAUGUGCUUUACUGGGAGAAAGUUCCUGCUGGUUUUCCCAACCGUGCUUUUGCAGUGCAUGGUGUCCAUGUCAGUUGGAAAAUGGCUUUGCUGUCUGCUUGAAUUUAGGGUCAUUUAAGAAAGGGGCAGUUAAAAAGCACAAUGCCUCACAUGGGACAAAGUUCCAAAAUGCCAAAUUCUUCUAUUUUUCACAACAAUCUAUAGUUAUAUAAAAUGACUCGUACCGGGGGUAGGGAGAGGGUAGAAUUGGCUCAAUUGGAAAGACUCUCCUACUUCACAGUGAGCUUGUCACCAUGAGAUAGCAUUGGCUGCCCAGGAUGCUGCUAUUUAAGAAAAAAAAAAUCAAAACAAAACAAAAAAAAAAAAAAAACCCUCAUUUAUAUGUGUGUAUUUUUUAAAGCUACACUCUGUUCAAUGUUUUUACAAAUCUGUUUAUAUGACAUUGAUAAACUAAAGUUGGUCUUUUGACGAGAGGGAGGAUGUCAUGGUCGGUUGUAAUUUUGCCUUUACAAGGUAACUGGGGUGGGAGGGGAGGGAGUGUGCCUCCUUGACAUUUUGUUCAAGUUAUAGAUUCAGUGAAGCUAUGUAUUGUUUUAAGUUGCUUAAUGCAUUGUAUUAGGUCCUCAAACAGAAUAAAGGUUGUUUUGAAACUUAAAA